GCGACGGUGUCUGAAGAGAGACUCCGCGUGCUGGUUGCCCACUCUGGCCUCUUGGCUUGGAGGCAAGGAGCAUAUCUGCCACUGUCCGCUUUCCCUUGGUGGUCCGCUCACAACUAGUCCCACUGGAGAUGGCAGACGACCUUGGAGACGAGUGGUGGGAGGACCAGCCUGCAGGAGCAGCCAGCAGCCCAGAAGCAUCAGGUGGUGAAGGAGGAGGAGACCCAGAAAUGCAGCAGGAGACAGCUCCAGUACCAGCCCUGUCAAAGAAGACCAAACAGCCUAAAGAAUGUUUCUUGAUACAACCAAAGGAAACAAAAGAAGAUGCCACCAAGACAAGGAAGAGAAGAAAGAAGAAAAUUACAGAUGUUCUUGCAAAAUCAGAGCCAAAACCAGGUACCCCUGAAGACCUACAGAAACUGAUGAAGGACUAUUACAGCAGCAAUCGUUCAGUGAUUGAAUUAGAAGAACUAAACCUACCAGACUCCUGUUUCCUCAAGGCCAAUGAUUUGACUCAUAGUCUCUCAUCAUACCUAAAAGAAAUCUGCCCUAAGUGGGUAAAACUUCGGAAAAACCAUAAUGAGAAGAAAUCAGUCCUGAUGUUGAUUAUCUGCAGCUCUGCUGUCCGGGCCUUGGAGCUCAUUAGGUCAAUGACAGCAUUUAGAGGGGACAGCAAAGUUAUGAAAUUAUUUGCAAAACACAUUAAGGUCCAAGAGCAGGUAAAGUUGCUGGAGAAGCGUGUGGUGCACCUGGGCGUAGGAACACCUGGGAGAAUUAAAGAACUCGUUAAACAAGGUGGCCUUAAUUUGAACCCCUUAAAGUUUCUUGUUUUUGACUGGAACUGGAGAGAUCAGAAGUUGAGGAGGAUGAUGGACAUUCCCGAGAUAAGAAAGGAGGUUUUUGAACUUCUGGAAAUGGGAGUCCUCAGUCUAUGCAAGUCUGAAUCUUUGAAGCUCGGCCUUUUCUAAGUCUGGGUCCUAAUGAAAAUUCCAGUUUUUAUGGUGGGAUUUGCAUCUCAUUUAAUAGCUCUGGAAUAUUGCAAGGACUCAGUAAAUAUCAGCUAUUGUUUUAUUAUGUUAACUGGAUCACCCUAUGAAUCACUAGAAAUUUUUGGUGGAGAUUCUUUGACAGAAAUGAAGCUGUCCUUUGCCAACUUCUCUGUAUAAUAAAGUAUCACCAGCUUGUGUAUGAAAAAAAAAAAAA